AUGUCCGCAAACGAGGAAAGUUGGAAGGACACAUUCAAUCUCGAAGGCUUAUAUAACUCUCUUCCACGGAAGCGGACGACGGAUGGAAAUUCGCCGCAGCUUCUCAAGCUUCCAGAUGAGAUUCUAUGCCACAUUGCAAACUAUCUCGCCCCCGUUGAAGCGAUUGGUAAGUACAAUGGAUACGGUUUGAUAAACGACCACUGCAACCGCCCAUCCGACACUGGCACAACACGCACCGUCCUACACAUGCGUGCCUCAGAAGCACGCAGAAGUUAUGCAACUGGCGUUCAAACUCUUUUGAGCCUUGCUCUGACUUGCAAGCGCUUAAGAUCUGUCGCAUACGAUGUUCUCUACCGUAGACCCGCUUUGCCUCAGCCUGUCGACAUGCGUAACGGGCAUCUUGUGUCCGCGUUGCCCAGGUUCUUGCAGACAAUCGUCGAGCGACCCGAACUUGGUGGCCUUGUGCGGCACCUUGCCGUAUGGCUAUGGAUAGCAUACCCAGUGCGUCAAGUGCAUGGUGCGGAUGAGAGGGCAUGCGUUUGUGGUGGCUGUACUCAGAAAGUUAGGAGUAUCGUCGACGCCCUCCGCCUGCCUGAGCAUGAGAAGUCGAAAUGGUUGGAAACCCUCGCAUGUCCCACGGAAGCUAUGGUCUGCAGUUUGGUGUUGGCAUCUCUCCCAAACCUUCAAACUCUCGAAUUGUACGUCCGGCCAUUGCCUUCGUGUUGGAAUCAUGAAGUAUGUGUGGGUUCCAUUUGUGGCAUCGAAAAACGGGGCAGCGACAGACCUCCUGUGAUGACAGACACAUCCGAAGUUACAGUUUUGAGUCGAGGCCUUGCUUUGACCAGAAUCCACACACUGAUACUGUCAACCGAUUUAAACGGUCUGAACCGCGCCGGUCUACCAAGUCUCACUACCCUAACGCUCGACUUCUCCAAACGAAACCCUUUCGUGAUGGUUGCCAAAGGAUCAUUCGCCAACGUCGCAACACUAAAGAUUCAGGGUUCCGCGAUGGAUCCAACUGGACAUGAUCAGCCCUUCGUCGACCAUCAACUGAAACUCGAACUGCUGUUCAGUAAGCUUCCACAACUUCGGACCCUUGAGUUCGAAACCGGUCUUCCAGCUGGGACCUGUACCAUUCCUUCCUGGAUCGAGAAAAUAAUCAUUCGAGAUGCGGAUUGGAAUACACUGCUCUGGGCUCAAUACAUCGAGGAAACACGGGUCGCCUCCUCUGCUCUGCGUCACAUUGAAGUUUACUGGCGUGGAGAUUACGGCGUGCCUCCAGCUCUUGUCAGUAUCGAAGGAUCUGCGAUACAGGCCAGAGUUACAGAAGUGUUUAUGUGGAAGGGUUCAUGUUGGGAGGUAUUAGAGAUAUUGGAGCGCGUUUGA